CGACGGAUUAAAACCGUGGCGCGGCAGAUUGUGUCAAAAAAAAUUUACUACACAUUUUUUUUAUUUUUUUUAUUACCUCAGCCCACAAAAGGCGGUUAAUAAUUAAUUGGUUUGUGACAGGGUUUCGCAACUAAGUUAUAUAGUCGAGUUAUUAAACUUUAUCCUCCGGUGGUGUGCUUGACAUUCAGUAGUUUUUUUUGCUUGAUAAGAGACAACGAUUUGGUUUAGCAAAUUGUGAAUAAUAAUAAUAAUAAUAAUAAUAAUAAUAAUAAUAAUAAUAAUAAUACUUCGACGCUGAUGAGAAAUUCAAACGAAAACUAGCUGAAAUAAACUACGCUCGCAAACUGAGAAAAAAAAUACUUCGUCGAAGUGCGCGAUGCUCCCGGCCAGAGCUGCUCUUCUCAGGCAUUUCACCAGGGGGCGCUGGAGCGCUCAGCUGUGUUCAUCACAAAGAACGAUGUCGUCCUCGAACCCGGGACCGAGCGGGAAGCUGCAGGGAAAGAUAGCGCUGGUGACGGCUUCGACCGAGGGGAUCGGUUUCGCGGCCGCGCGGGGCCUUGCCCAGCAGGGGGCUCUAGUUGUGCUGAGCAGCAGGCAGAAGGAUAAGGUGGACCGCGCCGUGGCCGAGCUCAGGAGCCAGAAUCUCAACGUGACCGGAACUACUUGCCACGUGGGGAAGAGGGAAGACAGAGAGAGGCUGGUCGCCACGACAGUCCGGGAUCAUGGAGGGAUCGAUAUCCUGGUCUCCAAUGCGGCCGUCAAUCCGUUCUUCGGGAAUAUUAUGGAUUCCACUGAGGAUGUUUGGGACAAGAUUUUGGACGUGAAUGUCAAAGCCACGUUUUUACUGGCGAAGCUUGUGGUCCCGCACAUGGAGGCCAGGGGGGGUGGCUCAAUCGUUAUCAUCUCUUCAAUCGCAGGAUAUCAACCCUUUCAAGCUCUGGGUCCCUAUAGUGUCAGUAAGACUGCCCUGUUGGGGCUGACCAAGGCUUUAGCCCCUGAACUGGCUCAUAUGAAUAUCCGCGUGAAUUGUGUGGCCCCUGGACUAAUCAAAACCAAAUUCAGCUCUGCGCUGUGGCAAAACGAAGGCGCCGCCGAUGAAUUUCUGAAGAAUCUCAGUAUAAAAAGGAUCGGAACUCCGGACGACAUCUCCGGAACCGUUUCGUUCCUGUGUUCCGAGGACGCCAGUUACAUCACGGGAGAAACCAUUGUGGUUGCUGGGGGGAUGAACGCCAGACUUUAACCCCUGCAGGGUUGCUGUGGUGUGCCGCUCCGACGUCGUUUUCUGCUGCUCACGCCCCGAGCUGCCAAACUGUCCCAGACGCUUCUGAAAAGACUCCCUAAAGAUCACGAGUUUCCCCCCCCCCGGUCACCUGCUGGGUGAAAUUGGCCCUGCACCCUUUCAAAUGCGGCUUCCCCUAUUGGCUGGCCUGCUUCUGUGAUGGUAUCUCCUAAUAUACAGCAAUAAAUCUAUAUUUCCUUUCAAAUCUC